GGCUUGGUUUUGAAUUUCCGCUCUGCGGGCCACGUCCUGUACACAGCCUCUCAGCCGGCACGUCUGCACACGUGCGUGGCCGCUGAGGACAGGGUCACUUCGACUGACUGUCAUCUCAGUGUAUGUUUCCCAUUGUGCAGGUAGAUAAAUGAUGGGUGCUGAACUCUGGGGCUCUGGGCUUUCCAGCUGCGCCUGGCUUUGUGGCCUUAGUGGGCUCAGUUCUACCCUCUAGAUGUCUUGCGUCUGGCUAAUGGGGGCAUAACCUGCCCUUGUAGGAACAUGGAAAUGCUGUGGCAACCCUGCAGUGCCCACUGGGCCUGCCACCCCCCUCAACUGAACCUCUGGCUCCCUCUCCGCUUCUUGUUCCCUCUGGGACACUGUCUUUCACUGGCUGUCUCUUGCCGUCUCUUGCUGUCUCAUUGUCUCUUUCUCCAUCUGGCUAUCUCUAACUGGUUGGCCAUCUCUGUCUCUGUCUCUCACCGAUCUGAUUGUCUCUUUCUGUCUCCUUGUCUGAAUGUCUACCCACCAGUAUUUUUCUCUGUUUGCGUCCCUCUGUAUCCAUCUGCAUUUCUUUCUCUCCCCGUGCCUCUGUCUGUCUCUCGGUCUGCAUCAGUAUGCAUGGACACAUGUGUGUAUGUUUUCUCUCCCUGUCUCUCUCUUCCCUCCCUCUGCCUCACUCUGCUUCUUCCUGACAUUGGAUGGCGCCUCUCCCCAGGCUGACCUUGCCUUUUGCAUCCCCAUCAGGGUCUCCAAUGAGUCCUGAGCUGCCCUGGGCCCCUGCUUCAGCUUUCUUUGGGGCCAGAAGUCCGGCUGUCCAAAUAUUUGGCCGCCUCCAGGGGAUUCCGGGUCAGUAGGAAGGAGGAUUGGCUGGCUGGCUCGGGGUCUCCCCUGCCCCUGGGGGGCCACAGGCACGUGAUGUCCUGUCCUUUGCCUCAGCUGGGCCUCGGGCUGCACGUCCUUCUCAGCAGGCUGGCAGUGGAAGGAGAGGGCUGCUGCAGGCUCUGGCCAGGUCUUGAGCCAAGAGGUUCUGACUGCUGCUUCCACUGGGGGCGAUCUGAGCAAGGAGGGUCCAGAGUUGGGCAGGAGGGAAGGCCUAGGUGUCUGGGGAUAGGCCCAAUGCUACACAUCUGUUAGGUGUUUAGAAAAUGUACCCUGUCACAGGAAAGUCCAUCUUCCGGUCCCAGCUGGGGUCCUCAGAUCCUCCUAGACACUUCCGGAUGCCCAGAACACAAAAGCACGUGGCCAGCGAGCUAGGGGAUGAGGAUUGUUGUGGCCAACACAUCAGCGUUCUGCACCAUUUUCCUUUCCCUGGACGUGCCCCGUCCUGCAUGCACCCCCUCAGUACUAGCCAGGUGUCGGCCACACACUAGCCACUUACUCAGUGUUGUUGACAGUGGGGGAAUGGUGGAUGGAAGACUGGAUCUGCUGAGGUUGGAUCUGGAGUUGUGGUUCAGGGGAAGGGGCAAGGAGUUUGCUUUAGUUCUCUCCCCUGUUCUGCAUACCCUCCCACACACCCUAUCCCUAGAUGCCUGACCUCAGCAAUCAGCUCUGCACCAAUCCCUGUGGCUGUGCCUUGAGAACAUACAGUCCAGCCAUGUCCAUUGAAUCCGGUUCCCCUGUUGACUGAUAGCUUCUCCGAGGGGGGUGUUUUCCUUCUGAAGCCUGGAGAAGCAGGUGGGCAAAGGGGUGCUGGUCUGGGGAGGGCAUCUUCUCUUAGCCAACAAGGGGACUGGUAAAGAUGGGUGAGCUAGACCUGGGGCCAGCCCCAGGGAUAACCACAAAGAACCCUUAAACCAGGCCAGCUGCCUCUCCCCUGAGAUCUGGGCUGAGGUAAGGGCUACCCAGGCACAGGAAGCCAGGGGCCAUAGCAGCAAGCUUUGUGGGGUCUGUGCCUCCACCAGCCCAUGUGGCCACAGGAUGGAGGGAAGGACAGUGUGGAUGGCUUCCUGUAGCCAGCAUGCUGCUGCAGACCCACUUCCGUCCCUCAGCACUGGGGAGGAAAGCUGGGCUCAGAGCCCUGGUGGCUCCAAGGACCUUGAUGCAGAGACAGAGAGGUGUGCUUCCCAUAGCAGCUGACGCAAGCAGUGGCCCCAUUGUGGCCUGGAUUCCUGGGCCUCAAAAUCUUUAAUUAGCCAAACUCAAUGCCUGCCGAGGAGGUGUGCCUGACGAGUUCUCACCCUGUGAUGUCUGCGUGGGUGGACAUUACCUGUUGCGCGAUCCCUGUGGCGCCUGGCCCCUCCUGGCCUUUAUCUCGCAGCAGAGCAAACAGGCCCCAGGGCAGUGGCCUGGGCCAUCGAUUUACUGUCCAAACGCAUGCUACACUCAGGAUAGGUGCUAUUCUGAUGACCUGCCCAAGGUCGCAGUGAUCUCCCCACUCCAGAGCCUGGCUCCUCUCUGGGGGCGAAGGCUUCAGGGAGGCUCCUUACUCUGUUCCCUCCUUUGGCCAAACUUCACAGAAUUCCUAGAGGACAGGAGGACACUGAGGUCCUGAGUGGGGAAUACUUUGCCCAUAGUCACGUGGGGAUGCAGAGCCAGGCCAGGCCUCAGACCCAGAGUGGUGACUCUGGGCUUUCCCCAUAGUGGGUCAGGAUCUGCUGGUGAGUUUCCUCAGACAGGGACUAUCCCCUGAGUCUGCCCUGAUAUCUGGUGCAAAGGAGCCUGGGAAGUGACAAAUCUGAGAUGAGAACUGUCAAAAAUGGGCUGCAAGCCUCGGGGAAUGGCUGAGGGUCUGCAUGCCAGGCCAACACCAAUCUCUAUCCUGGCCCCCUGGUCCUUAGCCCUGCCUUAGACUGAAGUACAGACUCCUUGACCUGGCCUUCAAGGCCCUAUCAGGCUUAUCUAUGGCCAUGGAAUCUUCAUUUUCUCCUCACAGCCUGCCUCAUACCGCAUCUCAGGGCCUUUGCCCAUGUUGUGCCCUCAGGUACUCUUUCCUUUUCCAUACCUUGGGGGCUUCUACUGGAAUUUCAUUACUGGCUCCAUCACCUUCUCCUCCAGGAAACCUUCCUUGUUGCUUCUCUCACUCUCUAUUUUUUUUUUUUUUUGAGUCCCAGCACUAUGUGGCUCACACACAGUUACAACAGGAGCCAUACGAUGGGAGUUGCGUGUUGGGGUUUUGUCCCUUUCAGACUGGAAGCCACUUGAGGAAGAAUAUUCCAUGUCCUCUCUGGGAUCUCAGGCCAGCCUGAAGCCUAGCCGUGACUGGUCAUGAGUUAUAGACAGGAUCUGAAGGUCUAGGCCCAGGUCCCUCUGGGGGGAUGGGGAACCUGGAGCGAGGACCUCAGGUACCUUGGCCAUGACCAUGCCAUGGGCUGUGGUCUCCCUGGAGACAGUGCUUGGCUGCUAGGGAAGAAUAUUAAGGGAGAGAAAAGUGCUUUGUCCAGGCUGCCAACUCAGCACACUCUCAGGGCCUGUCCCAGCCUGCCCAGGGCAGGAGGCCCGGCAAGGGCAACCCCAGCUGAGAGCCAGGGGGCAGUCUGGAGUGACUCUGGAGACUAGGUCUGGUAUCCUUGGAGAGAUACUGUAGGUGAGGCUCAGGGCAGGGACAUGAAGAAAACAGGCUGACCUUAGGGACUCUGGUCAAGGAAAAGAGGGCAUGAGAAGAGAUGCUCAAAUUGUUAUGGUCCUGAGUGGACAGGACUGGAGGGCUAAAUCUGACCAAGGAAGGCUCUGAGUUCCUGACCUGGGGCCCCUGGAAGUGGGGAAUCUACUCAAAGGGUGGGCAUCUAAGGGUGGAGGUUCCUCAGCAGGGGAGGAGAGGUUGAAAGAGAACAUGGCCCCGAGGCCAGAGCUGUGUGGAGGGUGAGGCCUAUGUGGCCCAGGGAACGGGCCUCAGGACACCCAUUUCCUGGAAGGCCCCCUGAGGGCCUUCACAGCCAGGCGGGCAGGGCCCAGGUGUCCAGCCACCCAGCACCGCCUCAGGCCUCCUGGCUCCGGGUGGGGGGUGGCCUCUGCGCCUGCCGUUCCCAGCGCCAGCUCUCAGCCCACAGAGGGCCCUUUGUUCUGGCUGCCAGCAAAGCCCGCCGGGCGGCUGGGAACAGGGCCCACAGCCCUCACCCUCUCCCGAGGCCUCCAGCCGUCGGGCAGUGCCAUUCUAGGUUGGCUCAGAGGCCCCUGGCACACGGGGCCGGCACAGGAAACUGUCUCCCAGCACUCAUGUCAGAGAGAGGGAGUCAGUCCCGGGCCCAUCCCCAGAGUGGGGUCUGGAGGCCUGACACUCAGCAUCCUGGGAUCCUGGUGUCACUGGGCUCUGAACUCAGAUCAUCCAACUGACCCUCACUUCACAGAUGGGUAAACUGAAGUCCCUCGCCUGGGCUGGUAUGUGAGUGUGGUGGGGGCAGCACAAGGUACUGGCUGAGGUGUCCCCUCAGGAUGUCCUGGAGAACUCAUGUAUUCAAGCUCUAUCCGCCAGUGGCAGGUUCCAGGGGGCAGCAGGCAGAGGUGCAUGUGCAUGUAUGUCCCGAGUGGACUUCUGGGAGGUGUGUUACAGCUGCACACUUCCUGUGGGAGUCUGGGCCAUGGGCCCAAGGCAUGAGGGUAACCAGAGGGACUGUCUGCUCUGUGACUUCUGACUGUGUCAGUGUAAGAACUAGUGUUCCUGGUGGUGGUCCCCGAGCCAUGGAGGCACCUCUGCAGAUGGAGAUGGUGGAGCUGGUGCCCAACGGCAAACACUUGGAGGGGCUACUCCCAGUUGCCACCCCAACGGCCAGCAACCAGAGGGUCGAGGGCCCCGGACGGAGCUGUGUUGAGGGCGAGGGCUUCCUACAGAAAAGCCCCAGCAAGGAGCCACACUUCACCGACUUUGAGGGGAAGACUUCAUUUGGGAUGUCAGUGUUCAACCUCAGCAACGCCAUCAUGGGCAGCGGCAUCCUGGGGCUCGCCUACGCCAUGGCCAACACGGGCAUCAUUCUUUUCCUGUUCCUAUUGACGGCUGUUGCCCUGCUGUCCAGCUACUCCAUCCACCUGCUGCUCAAGUCCUCAGGGAUCGUGGGCAUCCGUGCCUAUGAGCAGCUGGGCUACCGUGCCUUUGGGACCCCGGGAAAGCUGGCGGCAGCCCUGGCCAUCACACUGCAGAACAUUGGAGCCAUGUCCAGCUACCUGUACAUCAUCAAGUCCGAGCUGCCCCUUGUCAUACAGACCUUCCUGAACCUGGAGGAGCAAACCUCGGGCUGGUACACGAAUGGGAACUACCUGGUGAUCCUGGUCUCUGUCAUUGUCAUUCUGCCCCUGGCACUGAUGCGGCAGCUCGGCUACCUAGGUUAUUCCAGCGGCUUCUCUCUCAGCUGUAUGGUGUUCUUCCUAAUUGCAGUCAUCUACAAAAAGUUCCACGUGCCCUGCCCACUGCCCCUCCAUUUUGCCAACAUCACAGGCAACUUCAGCCUCUCGGAGGUCAUCAAGGAAGAGGGACAGCUGCAGAUGGAGACGGAUGCCACAGCCUUCUGCACCCCGAGCUACUUCACGCUCAACACACAGACAGCGUACACCAUCCCCAUCAUGGCCUUCGCCUUCGUCUGCCACCCCGAGGUGCUGCCCAUCUACACAGAGCUCAAGGACCCCUCCAAGAGGAAGAUGCAGCACAUCUCCAACCUGUCCAUCGCCGUCAUGUAUGUCAUGUACUUCCUGGCCGCCCUCUUCGGCUACCUCACCUUCUACGACGGGGUGGAGUCGGAGCUGCUGCACACCUACAGCAAAGUGGACUCUUUUGAUGUGCUGAUCCUGUGUGUGCGCGUGGCCGUGCUGACAGCGGUCACACUCACAGUGCCAAUCGUUCUGUUUCCGGUGCGCCGCGCCAUCCAGCAGAUGAUGUUUCAGGACCAGGAAUUCAGCUGGCUGCGGCACGUGCUCAUUGCCCUUAGCCUGCUCACGUGUAUCAACCUGCUGGUCAUCUUUGCCCCUAACAUCCUGGGCAUCUUCGGGGUCAUUGGUGCCACAUCUGCCCCAUGCCUCAUCUUCAUCUUCCCUGCCAUCUUCUACUUUCGCAUCAUGCCCAUUGAGAAGGAACCUGCAAGGUCUACGCCCAAAAUCUUGGCCCUUUGUUUUGCUGCACUUGGCCUCUUGCUGAUGACCAUGAGUUUGAGCUUCAUCAUUAUUGACUGGGUCUCGGGGACCAGCCAGCAUGGAGGAAGCCACUAGGAUGACCCCCCUAUCCUAUUCGGUCUACUCACCCUAGUCCCCUUGCUCAAACUCUUCAGCGCCUGCUCCCAUCCAGUGGCCAGUCAGGUGGAGGAGAAAGAUGUGGUGAAUGCUAUGGCAUUUGGCCCUGUCCCACGUCCUCUCUGUCGAGGUUUUUGUUAGAGCCAGGACCAAGGCCCUUGGGCCACUGCCCUGCUGAGCUCCUGGGAUACAGGGGCUUCCUGAGCUGGGAGCAGGGCAGAGCUGUACUGCUGCUCCCUUCCCGAUGCCUCAGAUCCCACCCAAGCCUCUUAGCCUCUUUGCACAGGUGUAGACACUGAGGUCACACCGCCUGUAGGGGCACAUAGAGCUGAACCAGGUCUGCGGUCACCCCCCUCCUUUGCUGCUGGGGCCUCAUCUCCCUGAGCCUGCUUGCCUUUCCUCCUUCUGUCCCCGAGGCCUCUUUCAGGCACUUGGGCUCAGGCCCUUGGAUACUCUAGUCCCCUUCUCCCAUUCCUCCACCAGGAGCAGACCUCAUCACCUUAGACCUGGGGCCAGCAGGUUCUUUUGAGGGUUUGCCUGGUUUGGGCGCCCCCAAGGGACCCCUGCCCUGGACCUUCACCAGUCCCGGGGAGGCUGGGACUCCCCCUACCCCAAGCCCGGGCCGUAGCUCACAUUCCACUGCUGGGAGAAAAAAGAGGCUGGGGCCCAGAGCGUCUCUGUCCCUCGGAGCUAAAGACCCCAGGUGCCAGUCUAGGGCAGGGGUGGAGAUGCUGGCAGCCCCCUUUUAUAAAUAUUAUACAUGAGACCAACUGUGUUCUAUAUUCUUGAGCUCCAUGGUCCCUGGGUUCCUGGGAAGUGGGGUGGGGGCCAGGACGUGGAUGGGGAUGGAAGGCCAUCCUGCCUCUUUUCCUGGGUUGAGGGUGGGGACAGGGUGAGUCCCCUGCUGCACCCUGCCCCCUGCUUCCCAAACCAACCAGGGCGUGCUCAGACCCAGCUCUGGGCCCGGGCCAGGCUCAGCACAGACCUGCUUUCUCACGGGGUGAGGUGGGGAGGAAUUAAUGAGGCCCCAGGAAAUGGGACAGAGAGAGGCCUCCGGAAGGAGGCAACGUGAGGUGCAUCCCCAGCAGCUUCAGGAAGGGUCUGAGCAGGAGGCGGCUGAGCCCUGUGGAAGGGCCCCCUGCCCUCCCUGGCUGCCACGUCAACUCUCUGUCAGUGCUUCGAGUCUGGGGACAAAAGUCCAGGGAUCUUAUGCCCUGUCAGGCUAACUUGUUAUUAAUAGUAAAACUGCUGCGAAUAAAGGUGGGUUACUGAG